GAGAAAGGAGACGCGUUUGGGUCGAAUAGGAUCUCGUCCUCGUGCUCCUCCCCUUCAUACAGGAAGAGAUCAACCACUGACUCAUCGGGAGAGUUUGUCCGAAGGAGAAAGUAUGUGGGCUAAAAAACUGGGAGGCCAAUUGGGCAGGCCAACACAAUCUAUAGGGGGAUGGCUGGUCAGCAAGAUUUUCAAAACGCGGAACCAGGUUCUUGAGGAGAGUGCUGUGCAUCUGUGUAAGAUCCAACCAGAGGAGACAGUGCUGGAAUUGGGUCAUGGCCCAGGACUUGGUCUGGAGUUAGCAGCCAAACUGCUAACAGGACCUAAGGGGCAUAUGAUAGGCGUGGAUUACUCUGAGUAUAUGCAUCAGAUGGCCAAAAAACAAGUAAAGGAAUUUCUGGAGAGCGGCAAAGUGACCCUUCAUCUGUGUGAUGUUGCCAAUAUGCCUUUGGAAGACAACUGUGUGGAUAAAGUCUUUCACUGUAACUGCUACUACUUUUGGCCCGACCUCGGGAAAGCAGCCACAGAAAUUCACAGAGUAAUGAAACCUGGUGGGCUGAUAGUGACCACACUGAGGCAAUCACAUAUAGCUGCUUUAGCAGCUAAGAAAGUGAUGCCAGGGGAGAAUUGGCGCCCUGAGGCCUACAUGGCAGCUCUGAGAGACACCGGCUUCACCGACAUCAGGAUGGAAGACACGCAUCAUGGAAACAUAACCUUUCAGGCCAUUUAUGCCACUGCAUCAACACGAGACAGUGUAUAAUUCAUUCUUUUUCCAUGACUGCUUUACUCAGUAUCAAAAUAAAAGGUCUUCAUUGUGUGCCAUUUAAAAUAGAUACACUGUGACUGAGAACUGAUAAGCAAUUAUCAAAAUUAUGAUUUGUAUUACGUAAGCACUUGGAAAAAGCAAUAAUGGCAAUGGAAAUAAUUUCCAGAGUUGUAUGAUUGGUGCACUUUAAUUACUAUGUUGCUUGACAAGA